CUACACAGGUGUGCUCACUAAACCCACUUCCUUUUCUUAUUAUAGCUCAAAUGCAGAAGUGAAUGCGAGACAGCUUUUACACGCCAUUAAUUUGUUUGACUGUAAACGAGAGUCUUUAUUUUUUUUACACUCUUCUUCAGCUCUCCUUUUCAGCAAGUUUGGCUUCUUGCAAUCAAUCACGACCAGCCUGCAUUAGCAAGCAUGAAUGCCCCCUCAAUCCAUCGCCUAUUUUACAGCACAAUUCUACUCAGGGCCCUGAUGUGUGAAGCUCAUUACAGCUCAUCUCAUGUGCCUGCCUUGUUGGCGUCAACUCUUGUCCCAAGAACACGCAACGAAGAUUUACCAGCCCGUGCUAUAUUUGCGCAUCAGUCAACCCAAGCUAGCACCCCUCGGCUUACCUCUGCCAUUAGAAGCACCUCUAAAGAAAACACUUUGUCUGAUUUGACGCCAAGCGGUGGCGCCACACCUGUGCGUGUGCUGGAUGGCAAUAAAUGCAUCCCAUUUUUGAUGAUAACAGGAGGCCUAAUCCUAGUCUGUGUCAUUCUGCUGCUGUCCACUCUAAUGCUGACCUGCAAAGUGUGCCAGAUGAGCAAACGCAUCAGGAUGCUGGAAAGCCACUCUGAAAAGCGGAUGCAAUCAGAUGGCAAAUACAAAAGUCACUCGAGGACGGAAGCCAAAGAGACCAGUGUGUUACUGACCAACUUGAGUAAAACACAGGAGGAAGUGGAGCUUAGUGGCUCCAAAAAGGAAGGUGUGGAGGUCUUUGAGAAUGGAGAAACAGGAGAGGGCAAGCACAAGGAGGCUGUAGAGACAGCUAAAAGUGAAGAAGCUUCUGAUGUCACCCCAGUUGAUGAUUCAUCCUGUCUGAUGCAGCAAAAAAUGUUGAUGCCAAUGCUUGGGCUUCCCCCUCCCCUAAUGGCACAGAGGAACAAAAAGAUGUGGUUUAGCAUUCUGCGCGCGUGUUGGGGUUGCGGGGGCUUUCUGUGUUAACCAUUUGUAUUUUUACAAAGUUUUGCAAAAUCGCUACAUGGAGAACAUGUUUAAAUUAGUUAAGAAUGUUCAUUUAUUCAAUUAAAUUGUGCUUUGGCAUAAGCUUGUCGUAUUUUGGUGGUGAUGUGUAUUGAUGUGAUUUAGAUAGUUUAGUUUGGACAAAAUUUGUGCUUUAACGCCAUCCUGCGGCAUUUUGAUGUGGAGGAAUUAUACUGAAAUGAUACUUUUUGAGGUAAGUGGGUGCUUAAGUAUUAAAAAAAAAAAACCUUUCAUUUAUUAACGAUUUUUCUUCAAGAGCGGCUUCGGCGUUGUCAGUCACUGGCCUCAACUGAAAGACAGCAGCUCACAGUAGUGCAGCUUUGCGAAUUGCCGCUGAUAUAGUGUAUGAGAAUCAUCUGCAAUCAAUCUAAAGCCUCUUUAUUUACACUUAGAGCAUAACAACACACGAUUGCUCAUUUUUCCCCAUUGAGGGAUGUUUUCUAAAGCAAUCUUAUUGAUUUAGGUGAUAACAGUCUAAUUUCAUUUGAACACGAGUAGACCACUCAAUUAAUCUAACUACCACAAGAGCAUUAAUUGUUAAAUGCAGGGGGAAAAAAUGUGAAUGCCGCCGGACCGAACAAGGAUUGAUGAGGAGUUCCCUUCAGAGGGGCCAGCCCCUCCAUUAUGUAUUCGGUUUUUCUCUCAUUCCUCUCCACCACUAAGCAGCUACAGCUUGAUCGAGCCCACCCAAAGGAUCCAUCUCCUGAGACGGGCGACAUCAAUGUGAGGACAAAAAGGGGCCCGUUGAAAACUUUCAAUAACACACAGUGGAAGGGUUCGCACUCUGUUUGGAGCCAGCUGAUCUCGAGGUUGAAAGUGCAGCACAAAGGAGCCUUGAAAAGGAACUCGAGUGUUAAAAUGAGAAGGUGAGUUGUGGACCAAGUUUUUUCUUUCUCCAAAGCAUAUUGAGUCUUUUAAUCAGCUGAUGCAUCUGUUUUUUAAGCUGUAGUUAUUUGUGUAUCAGAUUGGCUGGUUAAACAUGAAAGCAGAAGUUUUGGUGUCUCAUUCUAAAUAGCUUCCACCCCCCUUAUAAAAAAAAAAACAUAUACUGCAUUCAAUUCAUUUAAAUUCAGCACCUUAAAAAAUACUUCCGAGCGCCACUCUUAAUGUUUUAUUGGAGGCCAAUAUGCACAAUAUGAAAAUAUCCGCAACAAUAGCACUUGAAGUUUGACUUCUAAAUAUUUCAGUGAUUCUUUUUUAUGCCACAAGAGGGAGCUAACAAACCACUAGUAGUACUUAUAACCGUACUUUGCGAAACACUGGUUUAUUUCAAACUCAUGGGACAUAAAAGAUACACUGUUAAAAGUAAACCUCCCUGGUUUAUGGUUAAAAAAAUAGCACCUCAAAUAAUACACACACCAUGCAAAUAUCUAUCUUAAAACUAGAAAGAUGGCAACAAUACGUAGUAAGAACCUUGAUGUAUUUAGAGCAGCCUGACUAGAGAAUUUCCUCCGUCAUUAAAUUGACAUACAACGUGACAAUGGUAUUUACCUGCAAACAAUACGAUGGGCUGCAAGAAUGUGGGCACAAACAAAACGAGCACGAGAGGGGCCGUUGGAACCAAAAUGCAGGGAGUAAAUGUAGAGUUGAUUUUCUGUCUUGGCAGUCCAUACCGCAGGCAUCUAUCUUACUUCCACAGCGAGAUGCUGCGUAAGACGAGGCAUAAUACGCCACACUCCCUCUCUUUCUCGCCUCUCUUUCUCGAAGCAGGCGUGCGCUUCAGCUUCUGUCCCCUAAUGAGGCCCCUAUGGAGCUGCUGCUCGUCUUGUUGCUGGGGUUACAAUUCCUCGCCGCGUGCCCCGCCGCCUGCUCCUGUAACCGCAGCCACAGGGACGUGGACUGCUCACGGAGGGCCCUGCGAGAGCUGCCCGACGGCCUUCGGCUCGACCUGCGCUUCCUCGACAUGUCCCACAACCGACUCCAGAACCUGGACGGCGCGCUGGCCUCUUACACGCACCUUCGCAUCCUCGAUGUGUCGCACAACCACCUGAGCCGCGUGCCCGAUCGCCUGCCUCGUUCCCUCUGGCAGCUCCACGCCGCCUCUAACCGGAUCCUCCGAUUGGACAAGAACGAUACGGUCCACCAGUGGAACCUGAGGGUGCUUGACCUCUCCAACAAUAAUCUAGAGAGGACCGUUUUCAUAAACAACACACUGAUCAAUCUGUGUAUGCUCAACAUGAGCUACAAUAACCUCUGGACUUUUCCUACCAACAUGCCUGCACGUCUGGAGAUUAUCGACAUCUCGCACAAUUCACUUGUGAAGGUGCUGCCGGGCUCACUGGACAGACUUCCCAAUUUAUCCCUCUUCUAUCUCCACGCCAACCGCCUCUCCGAGCUUCCCUUCGGGGUCUUUGAACAGAUACCGUCGCUUCGGGUUCUCACUCUGGGUAACAACCCUUGGGCCUGCCACAAGGAAGCUGCCAUGACCUACCUCCUAUCCUGGUUACAGCGGAGUGCCGCUCUCAUCUUGGGCUGCCCCUGUCGCCUGCAACCUAUCUGCGGCGGGGGAAAGACAGGAUGGUGGAACUUGAGCACCUUCCAUCUUCCUGCCGUGAUGACAAGCACACGGGGACUCCUCCCGGACUCCACGAAGGCAACAACCACAAUCGAUAGCCUUCCUGAUACUUCUACUUCUGCAGGCUCAACUCAAGACACGAGAGUCAUGACAAAAACUCCAAGGAGGAUAACCGAUAAGUUCCUCACCACCAUCCGAGUAAAGAAGCCAAGCGGUCUUCGGACUGAGAGCGUUAGGAGGAAGGUUCCCCCGUUUUCCGGUGGUGUGGACAACAUGGCUCAAUCGCUGGCUAAGUACUCCUCAACCUUUCUCCUGUUCAGCCUGAGCCUUCUGUCUCUCAUGCUGCCUUGAAGCCUCUGAAGCUUCUGAAGCUUGCUAGACACAACGCACCAUUUGAAAGCGUUUCUCCCAGAGCCGCUUCAGACCUCCAGGGGGCCCUAUGCAAAAAUAUGCUGCAAACCGUACAGCGCUACUAGUCUAGACAAGUCACUACAAGUGACACAAUGAUAACGUCACGCGAGUCGCGCGAGGCCUAACGCUAACUGCGUAGUGCGUGUAUUGGGCGCACCGGUACUGGUUACUCCCAUUUUAAAGAUAACCAAGGCAACACAUUACUAACGCGGUAGCAAGACUGACCUGUAGGACGCAGUAUGUUACCAGAGGGAAACCAGACUUUCCAAAAAUGGGAGGAAUAAGCGUAUUUUCCCUCCAAAAAAUAAAAUACAAUUAUAGGUGUGAACAGAGCACAAAUUGUAAUCUCAAAACGGUUUCAAAUCAUUAAAAAAAAAUGACACCGAUUAUUUACUUAUCCAAUUAGUUGUACUGGCACGCAAUAAUGCUGUUUGUUAACAUGUUGCUGGUUUUCCUCUGAACAACACCAGCACUGAUUUUCAAGUAAGUGCCUUGCAAUGAACAGGUUGAGGCACAUGGUGGCACUAUACAUUCAAGUACGUACGACUCUGCAGCUUGAAGGUGAACCCUUACCAGAUUCUCUCACGUAUUAUCUGGAUGUAUUCAUUUUAACCUCAUUAUGGCAUUAACGACGUAGUCAAAUGCUUCAGAGAACGUUACACCAAUCCAGCACUUUUCUUGUUGCAGUAACAAGUACCUUUUCCAAAACGUUGCGUUCUGUAUAUCUAUACAUUUCUGUAUUUCUAUAUAUUCUAGUAUUCUGCUUAUCAAAAU